UAAAAAUGCAAUCAAUCAAGAAGACAACCUAUGGUUCUAGUUUGGGUGGUGGGGAGGAUAGGAGGAAUAUUGCUUGGAUUAGGGGAUGGGAAGGGUGUUUGCAAAAUGAGAGAGGUUCACUUUGGUGGAAAAAGCUGUGGAAGCUACAGAGAUAGAUGGUUAAGAAAGGGUUUUGUGAAGGUGGAAUUGGAAGACACACUGAGGAUUGUCAACAUAAAACAAGGAGAAUUGUACUACUGGGCAUGGAAAUGGGAUAGCAGUGCUCAUUACACUGUCAAAACAACUUAUCAGCAUCUAAUGCCUCUUCAGCAGACUCAGUUGAAAGGAAUUUUUGAUUUGGUGUGGAAUUGUUUUGUUUCGUUGAAGGUUGUUGCACUAGCGUGGAGAGCACUUCAUGAUAAGCUGUCAACAAAAAUCAAUUUGGCAAGGAGGGACAUUAUCAAGGAUAGGAGACAGACCAUUUGCAGCAGAUGCCUUGAAAAUGAGGAAACUCUUAGUCACUUGUUUUGUUAUUGUAUGCAAUCUUGGAAGGUGUGGGCUUCAUGUUACUAUUGGUGGGGAAUUUCUUCUGUCUUUGUGCAGAACAUCAAUGAACAUUUCAAACAACACACUGGUUUAAUAGGCAACAUAAAAUUCAUAAGAGGCAUGGAUGGUGAUUUGGUAUGCAGUGAUAUGGUCCAUAUGGCUUCAAAGGAAUCAAGUAACUUUUAACAAUGGACAAGUCUAAGAAGAGGAGCUUUUGGAAAUGGUAAAAUACAAAUCUUUUUGUUGGGUUCGUGCAAAUUUGGUUCCUAACUUCUCAUUUGAGGCAUGGAAGGCAGAUCCAAGAGCUGCUUUGAAAUGGUAUUAGUGUUGCUGCAAGUGCGACUUUAUUGUUAAGGAUGUAAUUGGGAGUUGUUUUCGUUUAAAAUUGUUGAUGUGUUUGAGUACCUCUUAUAUUUAUGAAAAUAAAAUUUUUUGACUUAC